CUAACUCACCUAGCUAAGUUUGCCCUCUACUCUUGUAGAGAUGGCACUUGGAUUUUUUCUGUUUUGCACCUGGCUAAAUAUGGCCUGUGGAGAUGGGCACUGGUGUGAAAGGACUGUCCAGGUGACUGAAGAAGAAAUUGUUACACCACGACAAGAAGGAAAGGUGCCAUGUAUUAGUAUCUACCAGUACAACUUAGAAGGCUGGCAACUUGACAGAGAAAAGAUGCACCAGGUGUAUGGAAGUGAUGCCGAGAUUGUUAAUCAUUAUUCAAAAAAUGAGCCUAGUGCCAUGUGCUUCAUAUACAAACCACCAAAGACAAAAGCAGCAGUAGUCAACCAAACUGAGAAAGCCUGCUGUGAGGGAUGGAGUGGUCCUGAAUGUCAGAAGGUUAUUCGGGAGUACAGAAGCAUGGAAGAAGCUGGAAGUGUCACUUUUGUCAGAGGUGAAGGUUCUUCAGCUAUUGAUUUUUGGGGCCUGUUUAACAAACUUAUCCAGUGCCUUCUAAUCAGUUUGAGAGCAAUUUCUACACCAGGCAAAGAUGUUUGUCAGUAUGCUCUCAAUCGUAUCUCUGUAGAAGACGUGGGAUCUGUUGGCCGUUGUUUUUCCACCUGGAACUGCCAGGAGUUUUAUGGAGUAAGCAAUAUAUCAGUGCUGUCCAUGGAAGCAUGCUGUACUUCCCUAUGGGGUCAUAGCUGGAAAAACACUUCUUCAGACACCUGUCUCUCCUGUUCUUAUACCUUCUUCACAGAAGCACAACCCUUGGCCCUACUCAUGAAACCAUUCAUGAAACUAUCAACUACCAUGAUUGUAGCAGGUCGGGAUUACCGCUUCUUUGCAACCUGCAUGAGCUGGAGUGGAUUUCAUUAUCGUACCUUCGAUGGAAAACACUUCCACUUUAAUGGCAGCUGUACCUACAACCUGGCAUCUUCAAUGGAUGGUACCUGGGCCAUUUAUAUCAUGAAUGCAAAAUGGGAUGCAGCAGUACUUCGGAUGAUGUUUGGACUAGAUCUUGUUGUUGCAGAACAGAGAACCGUGUCAAUUAAUGGUGCUUCUGUUCCAGAAGGGAUACCUCACUUUCAGAAUGGAAUCAGCAUUCGUUGGCUGGGCGAUUUCAUUUUCAUAGAAAGUGGACUUGGGAUACGGGUGAAGUACGAUGGUGAUCAGACAGUCUACAUCACAGUAAAUUCUGAGCUAAAGGGCACCACCCGUGGCUUGUGUGGCAUAUACAACGACGACUCUCGUGAUGAUUUUACACUGACUGGCGGAACAGUAUCUCGCUUCUCUGCAAGUUUUGGAAACUCAUGGCAAAUUCCAGAUUUGAACCCACAGGUUAGAAUUUAUUCUUAUUUCUCUUUUUUUUUAUUUUCUUCUUUACAAGCAAAAGCAGACAAGAAGCAAUGUGACAGACACAAGGUAUACUCUGAUUGUGUGUCCACCUGUCCUGCAAGUUGUGCUGCUGUGGAAACAACAGAGGCCCAGCACUGUCGGGAUGAGUGCGUGAGUGGCUGUGAGUGCCCACCAGGAUUUUAUCUGGAGCAUGGAGACUGCGUGAAGAGAGAGGAGUGUCCUUGCUAUCAUCGACGCCAGAGAUACCUUUCUGGGCAAAGCAUAAACCAGAAAUGUAACCAGUGUGUUUGCUCUGGUGGUCAGUGGCAAUGCUCGCAAGACCGAUGUGCAGCAGAGUGCUCCAUACUGGGAGAUGCACAUUACAUCACCUUUGACAAGAAGAGGUACUCCUUCCUGGGGGACUGUGACUACAUUUUGGUGCAGGAUUUUGUGGAUAAGAAGUUGAUGAUAACUGCUGAGAAGGGAGACUGUGGCAAUAAAGGGGCAGCUAAUUGCCUCCAUGCUGUCAGUAUCACCAUUUAUAAGACCACCGUUAGACUCCGAACAACAGGUGACGUUACAGUAAAUGGACAGGAAGUUACUCUUCCUUUUAUUAAUGCUGACUUGUCAGUCAGAAAAGCAUCCUCCUCCUUCCUGCUCAUUCAGACGUUUGGUGUUAAUUUUCUGUGGGGGCUGGAGGUGACUGUAGCCUACAUCACUCUGCAGCCAGUUUUUGCAAACAAGGUCAGGGGAUUGUGUGGAACCUACAACUGGAACCAGAAUGAUGACUUCACCACACCGGAAGGAGAUAUUGAAGCCACGACUGUAGCAUUUACCAACAAGUUCAGAACGUCCCUUGCCUGUCCUGCAGUUAGUAGUCACUAUAACUUUGACCCCUGUGGGACAUAUGCCCAACGCAGAGAGUAUGCUGAGCAAGUCUGCAGAAUAAUACACAACCCUGAAUUUGAGCCUUGUCACAACUUGGUUGAUCGGGAACCAUAUUAUCAGCUUUGUUUGUAUGAUGUUUGUGGAUGCACAGCCAGUAAGAACUGCCUUUGCAAUUCCAUAGCAGCCUAUUCCAGACAAUGUGCACUAGAGGGUACCAUCCUCAAAUGGCGUAACAAGACAUUGUGUUCUGUACAGUGUUCAGGUGGACAGGUCUAUAGUGAGUGCUCCAGACCAUGUGGUAACACCUGUGCUGACUUACAUCUUGAGACUGGCUGCGGGGCAGUAAGUGGAUGUGUGGCUGGAUGUAACUGCCCUGAAGGUCUUGUCAUAGAUGGCAGUGGUCAAUGUGUUCUCAUCGGUAUGUGUCCAUGCCACUAUGGGGAGACACUGCACUCUCCUGGAAGCUCUGUUCAAAAAAGUUGUAACAACUGCACUUGUGAAGAUGGUGUUUGGAAAUGCACAGAUCUAAGCUGUCCAGAGGUUACCUAUUGCCCCAACAAUCUGAUUUAUGCUUUUCACUCUUGUCUGCAUACGUGUGACACCAUUGACAAAAAUGGCACAUGUUCAGAGCUUUAUGAUGGUUGUGUGUGCCCUGAAGGCACUGUGCUAUUGGGAAAUGAGUGUGUGCCUCCAGAGGACUGCCCAUGUCACCACAAUGGUGUGGUGUAUAAUCCCAAUGACACCAUCGUAGAGGACUGCAACACUUGCAUCUGCAGGAACCGACAUUGGCAGUGUAGUAACAUGCACUGCACUGGAACAUGUGUGGCAACAGGUGACCCCCACUACAUUACAUUUGAUGGAAGAGCUUACACCUUUCUGGGAGACUGUGAAUAUAUACUGGCACAUGAGAGUAAUGGGCUCUUUACCAUCACAGCUGAAAAUGUGCCCUGUGGCACUGGCGGAGUCACCUGCACAAAGUCUGUUCUUGUGACAAUUGGGAACACAGUAAUACAUAUGAUGAGAGGCAAGGAUGUAACUGUGAACGGUGCAGCGGUGAGAAUACCAAAGAGGUAUAGUGGUAAUGGACUGCUGUUGGAGAAAGCUGGAAUCUUUCUAAAUCUUAUAUCCAAAAUUGGACUGACAGUCCUUUGGGAUGGAGGUACCAGGGUCUAUAUAAAACUUGAUCCAUCACUGCAAGGUCGAGUAGGUGGACUGUGUGGAAACUUUGAUGGAGACACUGAAAAUGAUUUUACUACUAGACAAGGCAUUGUAGAGCCAACAUCUGAUGUAUUUGCCAAUUCCUGGCGUGUGAGCGAAACAUGUCCUGAGGCACACUAUGAUGAAACCUCUCACCCAUGUACGAGGAACCCACAUCGUGUGACCUGGUCCAGGAAACGCUGCAACAUUCUUACACAAGCUGUUUUUUCUCCUUGUCAUGCUGAGGUGCCAUACCAACAGUUCCUUGACUGGUGUAUCUUUGAUGCUUGUGGCUGUGACUCAGGUGGUGAUUGCGAGUGCCUAUGUACAGCUUUGGCAGCAUAUUCUGAGCAAUGCAGCAGACACGGAGUAUAUAUCCGUUGGCGUUCCCAGGAACUUUGUCCGAUGCAGUGUGACAGAGGCAUGGUGUAUGAACCUUGUGGUGCUGCUUGCCCAAAGACUUGUCAGAAUAUGUUAGAAGAACCUGAACCACACUGCAAGUCCAUCUCCUGCGUAGAGGGCUGCUUCUGUCCUCAGGGCAUGGUCCUCCAUGAUGACUGUUGCUUUGAAACAAAGGACUGCCCAUGCUACUGGGAUGACACACAGUUUCCUGCUGGGGCCACUGUUAGCCAGGACUGCAGAAACUGCACAUGCCACAGUGGUCAGUGGCACUGCACUGGACAGCCUUGUGGACCUGAUAUGCCCUGCCAGGACAAUGAGUUCUCUUGUAAUAGUGGACGGUGCAUCCCAAAUGUGUGGGUGUGUGAUAAUGAAGAUGAUUGUGGUGAUGGUUCUGAUGAACUCUGUCUGCCAACCUGCAGUGUACAAGAGUUUCAGUGCAUGAAUGGAGAAUGUAUCCCAGAGAUCUUUCGAUGUGAUGGACAAACUGACUGUGCUGACCACUCGGAUGAAAAAGGAUGCCUGACUAUCAACUGUAUGGCUGGGGAAUUCAGAUGUGCAAAUGGAAGGUGUAUCUCACGAGCCAGUGUUUGUGAUGGAGUCCUAGACUGUGGGUUUGCAGAUGAUUCUGAUGAAGCAGGAUGUGAAUCCUUGUGUGGUGCAGCUGAAUUCCGAUGCUCAUUUGGGAAAUGUGUAAUGUACAUCCACCGUUGUGAUGGCCACGAUGACUGUGGGGACUACAGUGAUGAACGAAACUGUGUGUGUGGGCAGAAUGAAUUUCAAUGUGAGGACAGUCGCUGCCUUAGCAGAACAAAGGUGUGCAAUGGAAAAUACGACUGCUCAUCUGGAAUUGAUGAGUUGGUUUGUACAGCACCAGGACAAGUGACUUGUGCCCCAGGACAGCUGGCAUGUGGUGAUGGUUCCUGUAUCAGUAUAAGCCUGGCUUGUGAUGGAGUGUCUGACUGCAAAGAUGGAGCAGAUGAAAACCUAAUUCAAUGCUUGAUUGGUACUUUGGCCCCACCUGGCACCUUGAGACCAGUGUCCCUGUCUGAUAACCAAACAACAGUAAUCAGGAAACCCUGCAGUGAAUAUGAGUUUCCAUGUGGCAGUGGCGAGUGUACACCACUCGGCUGGGUUUGUGACAAUGAGAUGGAUUGCUCGGAUGGUAGUGAUGAAGACACCUGUAAUAGGACCUGUGCUCUAAAUGAAUUCCAAUGCCAGUACAGCAAGGAAUGCAUCCAUGAUGUGCAGCUGUGUGAUGGUAUACCUCAGUGCAGGGACCAGUCAGAUGAAAGCAUCGAUAACUGUGGAUCUACUGAAAUCCCUUCAUGUCCUGGCAAGUUUGCAUGCAACAACAGUUUAUGUGUUAACAUCUCCCAAGUGUGUAAUGGAAUUCAAGACUGUCCUGGUGGAGAUGAUGAAAUGGCUUGUGCAACUGCUACAUCUCCUUUGGGACCUCCAAAUGCAACAAACAUCACAUGCAAUGAGUAUAGUUGCUCUGAUGGGAGAUGUAUUACGUUCAAGCAGGUAUGCAAUGGUAUAGCUGACUGCUUUGAUGGAAUGAACUCUUCUUUGAUGGUGCCAUCUGAUGAACAAGAUUGUGGACUUUGGUCUCCCUGGACCCCAUGGACAGACUGCAGCCAGACCUGUGGGAUGGGAAUGCAAACAAGAAGGCGUACCUGUGCUGGUCCAACAAGUGACAUACUGCAUAAGUGCCAGGGUGAAGACACACAGGUGCAGCAAUGUUUCUCCAUUGCUUGCCCAGUCGAUGGAAAGUGGCAAGAGUGGACAACAUGGUCAAACUGUACAAAGAACUGCAGUGGAGUGGUGAUUCGUCAUCGAGAAUGUAUCCCUCCACAAAAUGGUGGGAAGAAUUGUCCAAUCGUGCCAGGAUCAACCUCACCUCACCUGGAUAUCAAACCUUGUCAUGAAGAUGGCUGUGAGAACAUUACCAUUUGCCCUGAUGGUCUUGCAAUCCAGGACUGUGCUCCAUGCCCUUUAACUUGUGCAGAUUUGUCCAAAGACGAAAACUGUGAGAAAGACAGAGCCUGCUUUUCAGGAUGCUGGUGUCCAAAUGGACUGGUGCUGGACAGUGAUAAUAAAUGUGUGCCCCCGGAAGAGUGUCCUUGUGAACUUGAGGGGGUUAAGUACUGGCCAGGACAGCUUGCCAAGGUUAACUGUCAGAUUUGCAGGUGUCAUAAAGGAAAACUGGAUCAGUGCCGAAGUAACCCUGAAUGCUCAGUGAACUGUGGCUGGUCAUCAUGGUCCAGCUGGGGUGACUGUCUAGGGCCUUGUGGUGUUCAGAGUGUCCAAUGGUCUUUCCGUAGCCCAAAUAACCCUACUAAACAUGGAAGUGGAAAACAGUGCAGAGGAAUUUAUCGCAAGGCUCGCAGAUGUCAAACACCACCUUGUGAGGACUGUGAACACCAAGGGGAAAAACAUAUCAUUGGUGAUCGCUGGAAAGAUGGGAUUUGUGAAGUCUGUCAGUGCCUGUCCAAUCUGACAGUGCAGUGUUCAGUUUACUGUUCCUACACAACAACAGGAUGUCCUGAGGGUCAGACUUUGGUGGAUAGCACCACAGAACAUUGCUGCUACUGUUCUGAAGAAGGUAAAAACCAAACGAGUGCUCCCACACGGACACCAAUGUCAACCUUUAUGACAAGUGAGACUCCAGGUGGACCUCAUCUUUACAGCACUCCUCCUUCUCCCUUCAUCACUUAUCCUCUUCCAGCAGAAGAUAUGUGCUACAAACCACUUGGACUAAGGGCAUUUCCUGAUAAGAGCUUCACUGCUUCAUCACAGUUACCAGAGAAUCCAGCCCACGCUGGGCGCCUGAACUUCUCAGUUACACAUUUAGACCUACAAGGUUGGGGUCCAGAUCCUGAUGAAUAUAAUCAGUUGCAACCCGACCAUCCAUACCUGCAAAUUGACCUUCUGAAACCACAGAACAUCACAGGUGUUGUUGUACAAGGAGCUGGCUCUUUUGACACAUAUGUCACAUCUUUUCGUAUCCAAUUCAGUGGCAAUGGAAAAACAUGGUAUAACUACCAGGAACUGACAAGUGAUGGCAGGCCACUGCCUAAGAUUUUUAGAGGAAACUUUGAUGAUUCUACCCCAGUGACCAAUAGAUUCAAGAGGCUGAUUUCUGCUCGUCAUGUUCGAAUUAUCCCACAGGACUUUCAUAAUGGGAUCUACAUGCGACUGGAACUGAUGGGCUGUGCUGAAGGUAUAUUUCCAUCUGCUGCACCAGUCAGCCAUUGGUGGUGCCAGGGCUCCGAAUUUUACUGUAUCACAUCAGGCAGAUGCAUCGACCUUCUGCGGAGAUGUGACGGCAUUGAUGACUGCGAGGAUGGAAGUGAUGAGAAAGGCUGUGCUUCCCCCACUGUUAGAAGCACAGGAGCAGAAACAGUUUGGUUCACUACCUGGCAGCCAUUCAUUUCACAAGAAGCAACAGGAAGAUACACCAUUCCAUCUUUUUAUACAAAGGAGGCAGUAACCAUUCCAGGAAAACCAGUCCCUGGGACUGGUAAACCAGAUCUCUGGCUCUCAGGGAUAACAACUGCUUCCAGCAGAGGGAGAACUCCAGGAGGAAAAGAGUUACCUGAACCCACAGGUCCCUGUAACUCUCCUCUUGGGUUGGAAGAUGGAAGAAUUCACUUCCAGCAACUUACAGCAUCUUCAUAUAAAGACAGCAAUCCACCUGAUGCAGGACGUCUCAAUAUAGUGCCAAACAUGUUUAACAUGGAUCCAGGAUGGAGUCCCUUGCCUCAAGACUCAGCUCCUUAUUUUCAGGUUGACUUCUUAGAACCAACUUUUAUCUCUGGGGUCAUCACACAGGGUGGAAUGAGGUCUGGAGGAUAUGUUACCAAAUAUAUGCUAACAUAUAGCUCAGAUGGUGUCAAGUUCUUCAACUAUACAGAAGGUGUCACAGGAUCCACUAUGGCUAAGGUAUUUCAAGCUAACGCAGACAGCACUACUCCUGUGAGAAGGGGUUUGAGAAAGAUAAUUCUUGCUCGCUUCUUACAAAUUCUUCCACUUGAAUACCACAGGGGCAUCUACUUACGGAGUGAAAUUCUUGGGUGUCCUGUAGGGCAGAAGGAAGUUGCGCCAAGUACUGGACAACCUGGAAUUCAGACUGCAACUGGAGUUUUCAACACUACUGGAAUUACAGGUACAAAACCAGUAUCAGGAGUGGCAAUGCACACUGGAGUGGGUAUCACUGGACAAUCUGGAAUUCAUGACAAGACAGGUGUGACAGGAAAACAAGGUCUUUUUGUGCCAUCUGCUGCUGUUCCUUUCACGAUGACAGCAUUUUCUGGUGAUCCAGGAAUUAGACACACUGAGAAGCCACUGGGGCCAGGGCCAAUCCAUGUGUCAGCUGGGAUACAAAGUAGAACCACCAAAACAGGUCAAGGUACACCUAAUCAUGAGGGUCCUACCACUCCCUUUAAGAGUGCAUCAGCACAGCCAGGCUUGAUCACAGGGGAACCUGCGCUGAAUGUGCUAUCAAGCCUCAGCAGUAAACCAAGCCUAGUUUCACAAGGAAGAAUUCCCCACAUUUUCACUCCAUCAGAGGAUGGAUACCGAGGCUCUCCUAAACCAGGCACACCACCCCAGUGGCCAAAAAAAGUUGAGGAGACCUCUGCUGGCUUUGGUGAAUGGGCAUAUUCAGAAAGGGUCUGGCCAUCUCCACCACCUAUGUCAAACUUUCCAGCCACCAGAGACAUGUAUAAUGAACUGGGGAUUCAAAUAACCAGACCAGUAAGCCCUGGGGAAGAAGGAAGGACAGAGCCAGGCCUCAGACCAGUGAGACCAAUGCCCACUUUUCAGCAGUUUACCAGUACUGUCAGCCAUGUUGACGUGUGGAAAGAGCCAGGUCAGGGAAUUACAGAAUCAUCUUGGAUCACCCAAAGAACAUUUAGACCAGGACAUCAUGAGGGCUUACCCACUGCUCCUUUUAUACCAGAGCCAACAGUCACAGGAGCUACAGCCCAUGGAACCGUGUCAGCCUUACCAAGAGCAAACUGCACAAAGAAUGAGUUCCAGUGUGAAUCUUUUGGAUGUAUCAACUCUGCAUUUGUUUGUGAUGGUCAGCGAGACUGCCUUGAUGGAUCAGAUGAGAAAUAUUGUGGGCUCUUACCUACAAAUGUUCCCCAUUUCAUAACACCUGUAGCCACUUCUACCAUAUUUCCAAGCCAUUGCUCUGCAAAGCAGUUUGCCUGUUCCAAUGGUGAAUGUAUUCAAAGAGAGAGAAGAUGUGACUUCCGUCAGGACUGCCAGGAUGGCUCUGAUGAAAUUGGAUGCGGUGACUGCAUCUUAUCAUCGUGGAGUGCCUGGAGUAGCUGCACUAAGACCUGCGGCAUAGGCAGAAGGUUCCGGCAGAAGGAGGUAUUGAGGAAAGCACUUCCAGGGGGCAAAUGUCAAAGUGCAAUCUUUGACAGCAGGUCCUGCUUCAUCCAAGCCUGUCCAGUUAAUGGUGGUUGGUCAUCAUGGAGCCCAUGGUCAGAAUGUGAUGCAGAGUGUAAUGGAGGAACAAGAUCUCGGAGCAGGAACUGCAUAAACCCACCACCUAAAAAUGGGGGUAGAUACUGCCCUGGGGAUGCCCUCCAAAUGGAAGUAUGUAACCUCCAGAUGUGUUCCGGUACCACAGGUUGUAGUCCAGGACUGACUGCUUUUAGUACGGAGGAUUGUGAGAGGCAGAAGAUGAUCCCCUGCCCACCGAACUGUAGAGAACGGAACUUACCAAUUAAUUGCACCUCUCCAUGUGUUGAUGGGUGCCGAUGUCCAGAAGGAUUAUAUCUUCAGGGAGACCAGUGUGUGAAUGUGAGUGAUUGCCUGUGUCACUUACAGAACGAGACAGUGCCACCCGGUGAAGUCUUGAUGAGAGAUAACUGCAGCCGCUGCAUCUGCCAGAAUGGGAAGUUGUCCUGUGAUGAAUCAGAUUGUCCAGUGCACUGUGGCUGGUCGGCCUGGUCUCCUUGGACACCAUGUGAUCGAACUUGCGGUAUAGGAAUUCAAGAAAGAUACAGAUCAGCUACUAAUCCCACUUCUACAAAACAUGGAUCUCUGUGUUUUGGGGACUCUGCUGAAGUGCAGCAAUGUUAUGUGUCAUGUGAAUCAGGGCAUGACUUGGAGCCAGGUACCUGGACAGAGUGGACUCCCUGGUCCUCAUGUAGCAAGACAUGCUUCUAUGAUGUGAAUGAUCUGGGGGUGCAGCGGAGGUUCCGAUUCUGUAACAGCGCACCAAGAAACAAGACAGAAUGUACAGGAGAAUCAGAAGAAAAACAGUUCUGUAGUACACAACCAUGUCCAGUUGUUGGUGGAUGGAGCCAGUGGUCCAAGUGGUCUGAGUGCACUACUACCUGUGACUCUGGAAUUCAGACUCGCAGUCGGAUCUGCAACAACCCCAUCCCAGGUCAUGGAGGGCCAGACUGUCUAGGACCCUAUAUACAGACUCGAGACUGCAAUACUAUGCCCUGCAAAGAGAUUUGCCCUGAAAAUAUGCAGUAUCAAACUGCAGAGGACUGUAUAAGCAAGGGUGGAGCCUGUCCUCGUAUUUGUCUUGAUGUGACGUCCACAGUAGAGUGUGCUACAAUAUGUUAUGAUGGAUGCUACUGCACAGAGGGAUUGUUUCUACAGAAUGACACCUGUGUACUGCAGAGCGACUGCAUGUGUUACUAUCAGGGAGAGCUGUACCAGCCAGGGCAAACUAUUCAAGGAGACCCAUGCAACAACUGCACAUGUUCAUUUGGAAAGAUGGAGUGUGGAUCUGUCCUUUGCCCAGUUGAUUGUGGCUGGAGUGUCUGGACAUCUUGGAGCUCCUGCAGUAAAACCUGUGAUGUGGGAACUCGACGGCGCUACCGAUCUGGUACCAAUCCUCCUGCUGCCCAUGGAGGGAAGGACUGUCAAGGAUCAAAUAUACAAAUAGAAUUCUGCAGCCUGAAGCCAUGUAAACGUCCAGCAUCCCCGUGGGGUCCCUGGUCUCCUUGUUCAGUAUCUUGUGGUGGAGGAUAUAAAAACAGAACUAGGAUUGGAAGUUUUACACGUAGCACUGAAUUUGCUCCUUGCAAUGUCCAUCCCUGUGGGGACGGCAAAGACUGCCCACAUGGCAAAGUAUGGAAGACAUGUUCUGAAGGCCCACUAACCUGUUUGGAUCUCAGUAUGGAAGAAGAAAGCAUAACUUGUGAAUCAGGCUGCUAUUGCCCUGACAGCAUGGUGUUAAAGGAUGGUCAACACUGUGUCCCCGUAUCUGAGUGUCCAUGUACUGAGAGUGGAGAAAUGUAUGCUCCUGGAGCAGCUGUAGUGAGAUACUGCAACAACUGCUCCUGUGUAGAUGGACAGAUUUCAAACUGUACCCAGCUGACUUGUAAUGUCAGUGGAGGUUGGUCAGACUGGACUCCUUGGAGUGAGUGCUCAGCUUCCUGUGGAAAUGGCAUUCAGAAUCGAUACAGAUUUUGUACAAACCCUGCCCCUUCUGGAUAUGGCCUUCCUUGCAUUGGAACAAACCAAGAAGAGCAGUUGUGUGACAUCCAGCCAUGUUCACGAAGCGGAAACUGGAGUGAUUGGAGCGCAUGGACCACCUGCAGCAGGACUUGUGGAGGAGGCAUUCAAACACGUAGCCGAGCCUGUGACAACCCACCACCGGAGAGACAAGGGGAUUUCUGUGAAGGUCCUAGUACUGAAGUGCAGUCAUGUAAUGCAGACAGCUGCCCAGUGGUUGACUGCUCUUCUGUUAUUGGAUCUAUAUACAGCAGCUGUGGUCCGUCCUGUCCAAGAUCUUGCGAUGACCUCUCACUCUGUAUAUGGACCUGUGAACCAGGAUGCUACUGUACUGGUGGGAAGGUACUGAACAAAAAUAGGACAGCCUGUGUGGACAGGAAGGACUGCACCUGUCUGGACAUCCUGACCGGAGGGAGAUAUCUUCCAGGAGAAUCUUUUCUCCGAGGAGAUGGCUGCACUAAUUGCACUUGCAUAAAGGGAAGGCUGACCUGCUCAAACCGACAGUGCACAGUGUCUGGCAGAUGGUGUGAGUGGUCCAACUGGACUCCAUGCACAAAGACAUGUGGUUCUGAAAUGGUAACAAGAUACCGGACCUGCUCUUGUCCAAGUCCUCAGAAUGGUGGCGCAACCUGUGAAGGUGAACAGCAAAAAUAUGGAGAAAUCACAGCACAACUGGAGAAGAAAGAAUGCCCAUGGAUAUCAUUCUGUCCUGUUGAUGGAAGCUGGAGCUCUUGGUCUCCCUGGUCUCCUUGUGAUGCAUGUGUAGGAAACACAGUGCGGACAAGGCAGUGUAUGAGCCCACCAGCCAGAUAUGGAGGUGUACCAUGCCAAGGGGAAUCAAUUCAAAGCCGAAUUUGUUCAGAUAAUGCCACCAUUUGCUCAGAGUGUGGAGGUGGCCAGGUCCAUUAUGAGUGUGGGAAGCCCUGCCCCAGGACAUGUGAAGAUCUCCAUUUUGACAUGAUGUGCCUGGAGAGUUCUGAAUGUCAGCCAUCAUGUGGAUGCCCACAAGGAGAAGUAUUGCAGAACGGAGUUUGUAUUGACCCAUCUGAUUGCCGCUGCAGAUACCACAACACUUCUUUUGGUGUUCUUGAUGUAGAGAAUGGGACAGCUGUUUGGACUGGUCAGGCACAGUGGGAUUACUUGGAGCCAGGAGAAUAUUUGGGAAUACCAUGCCAAAACUGUACCUGUGACACUGGACAUUUAAAGUGUACCCCUGACCCUUUCUGCAUAGUAGAUGGUGGAUGGAGUACCUGGAGUCCGUGGUCAUCAUGUUCACAGACUUGUGGUGGAGGAAUCCAGUAUAGAUUUCGAGAAUGUAACAAUCCAGCACCCCAGAAUGGAGGGCAUGGCUGCCCUGGAAAUACCACAGAGCAACAGCGAGACUGCAACACUUUGCGGUGUGAGGGUUCAAGGCUGUGGAGCAUUUGGUCUACAUGGUCUCGGUGUAGUGUCACUUGUGGAGGAGGUGAGCAGACACGGACACGGACUUGUCUUCAAACUGAGUGUGAGGGACUUGCUGUACAGAGUAAAACCUGUAACACACAAGUCUGUCUUGAGGUAGGCUGCCCAACUGACCGUCUUUACCGAGAAUGUGUGGAUGGAGAAGGCUGUCCUUAUAGUUGUGACCACCUGACCCACAAGAUGGACUGCUUUUCCGAUGGCUGUGAGGAGGGAUGCCACUGUCCUGUUGGCACGUAUAUCUACAGGGAUUCUUGUGUCAAGGAGUGUCCCUGUAUCCUGGAUGUAGACUCUGUUCAGCUGUUUCAGAACCAUUCCAAUCAGAUGUUGUACCCCUUCUUUGUUCAUACUGAUAGAGGGUCUACACUUACUCCAGGGGAAGAGAUUUUAUCAGGUGAAACUAUCUGGCAAGAAUGCAGCAACUGCACUUGUGAUAAUGGACAGCUGAACUGUACCUUUUCACAUUGUUCUUUGGAUGGAGGAUUCUCUCCAUGGAGUCCCUGGGGAUCUUGCUCUCUUACCUGUGGUGGAUUGGGCCAUAAGACUAGGACCCGUAACUGUACCAACCCUCCACCAGCUAAUGGAGGAAAAGAUUGCCAUGGUCCUACAGUUGAAACCAAAUAUUGCCAGACCCCAGACUGUGCAGUUGGCCCAACAAAGGAACCCGUGACCAUUCACAUAGAUUCUCGUGAAGGUUUUGGGCCAUGGACUUCAUGGACUCCUUGUUCGAAGACUUGCUCAGAUCCAGAUCAUCCUGCUGUAAAAAUACGGACCCGAUUCUGUCCAGAUGGCUUAAACUGUACAGGAGAAUCAACACAAGAACGGGCAUGCAACCUUCCUCAGUGUAAAGAUGAGCCAGUAUGUCAAGGGGAAGACUGUGAUUCCAGAAAUUGCUCGUGGAAUGUCUGGUCAACAUGGAGUGAAUGUUCACGAUCUUGUGGAGUUGGGCAACAGCAGCGCCUUCGCACGUAUAAUCCUCCUGGUGCAAAUGGGUCCUGGUGUGAAGGCAUCUUGACAGGGCACUUACAAACACGCUUUUGUAACAUACAGGCUUGUGUAGUGGAUGGAGGAUGGACCAGAUGGAGUCCUUGGUCUUGGUGUGACAGGACAUGUGGAGGUGGCAAGUCCCUCAGAACCCGUUCAUGUACCAGCCCACCACCGAAGAAUGGAGGAAAAAACUGUCCCGGUGAAAAGUAUCAAGUCCGGAUCUGCAAUCUCAACCCUUGUGAUGAUGAAGGCUGCCCAUCUGACAUGGUAUAUGUGGACUGUGCCAACAAGUGUCCACGGCAUUGUUCAAACUACCAGCAAGGUAUCAUCUGCAAGGAAAUUGAAAUGUGUGAACCAGGCUGCCAGUGUCCCAAAGGAAUGCUGGAACAAGAUGGCUCUUGUGUUUUUCCUUGGCAAUGUGAGUGCACUGAUUCCCAAGGGCACAGCUGGGCACCUGGUAGCUCCCACAGUGAAGACUGCAACAACUGUACCUGCAUAAAUGGACAGAUAAUCUGUACCAACCAUACUUGCCCUCCAACAGAUUGCAGCUGGAGCCAUUGGUCUGCCUGGUCCCCAUGCAGUGUUACUUGUGAGAAGGGACUUCAGACCAGGUUCAGGACCUCCACAUCUGGAUCAGAAGAUGUGCAGUGCUUGAAAGAACAGACCGAGACAAGGCCAUGUGACCAGGGGAUAUGCCCUCCCCUUUGUCUUUAUAAUGAAAAAGAAGCUCAUGUUGGGGAUACGUGGCUAACUGGAGAAUGUCAACAAUGCAUUUGUACUCCAGAAGGCAUUUACUGCCAGGAUGUGUUUUGCCGAGUGGAUGGAGUGUGGACACCAUGGUCACCUUGGUCUGACUGCCCAGUUACAUGUGGGCUUGGGAAUCAAAUCAGGACGCGUGCCUGUAUCAAUCCCCCACCUCGUAAUAAUGGGUCAGAAUGUCAGGGUCCUGAUACUGAAGAACAGAACUGCAACAGGGUUCCAUGUGAAGACCACUGUUUUUGGGGGCCCUGGAGUAAAUGGACCAAAUGCUCCUGCACAUCACUUGUGCAGUACAGAUACCGGGCUCCAUAUGGAUCACUCUAUGGUCAUCUACCAUGCAGAAGACUGCAGUAUGAAGCUCAGGCCUGCAAACCAGAAGGAUGUGGGGCAACAAGUUGUACACCUCCAUUUGAGUACAAAGAAUGUGGGACCCCCUGCUUCUCUCAGUGCUCCAGUCUGCAGAAAGCAGUGACUUGUAAGGAUUCAGAGCAGUGUCUUCCUGGCUGCUACUGCCCUGAAGGACUUGUACAGCAGAAUGGAACUUGUGUUCGGCUUGCUGACUGUGGCUGUCUUCACUUCAUGUACACUGAUCCUGCUAAUAUCCCAACGCCAUUAUUUCUGCCUCCUGGAGACUCGCUGGUAAUAGGCUGCAAGUUGUGUGUAUGUCAAGAUGGAUUGUUACAGUGCACCAGUGAGACUUGUCAAGGCAAUGUGUCAUUAAGUGAGUGGUCAGAAUGGACUCCUUGUACCCGUUGUCUACCAGCGUCCUCACUUAACAAUAGCACGAUGAGCUUACUGCUGUCUGAAAAUAUGGAUUACUGGAAUAGCACAGAUACCAUGGCAGGUGCAUCAGUAAUGGUAUCAGUUCAACACCGAUAUAGAGUAUGUCUGGAUUUGGAAACAGGGCUUCCAAGGCUGGAUGACACACCACAGUGCAAUGGAGAGUUAGUGGAAGAAAGGCUCUGCCCAGACACCAUGAUUUGUGAAGAUUUUUGCCAAUGGAGUGAAUGGGGCAUCUGGAGUCCAUGCCGGCAGCCUUGCAGUGGAGGAUUCCGUAUAAGAGAACGACAUCCUCAACAUGAGGAUGGCAGCAAACUAUGCAAAGAUCCAUGGCUCCAGUCUGAGAGCUGCAAUACAGCACUCUGUCCAGGUGAACUCUGUGAGGACAGAAGAAAAAAGUAUGAGCCCCUUUGUGCAAAUGAAUGCCCUCGAUCAUGUAUGGAUCUUUGGGAACAUGUGCAGUGUCUGCAAGGAGAAUGCAAGCCAGGCUGCCGCUGCCCAGAAGGUUUUCUUCUGCAAGAUGGGGACUGUGUACCGGUGUCCACUUGCCAUUGUAGUUUUGUAAGCACUAAUGGCUCAGUGGAAGUAGGCGCUGGAGAAACAGUGCUGAUAGACUGUAAUAACUGCACUUGUAUAAAUGGCACCUUUUGGUGCAUAGAAAUGAAGUGCCCGACCUUUGGCCCCUGGUCGAGAUGGAGUCCCUGUUCUGAAACCUGUGGAGGAGGGCAGAUGAUGAGAAACCGAACCUGUGAAGAAAGUACUGAGGGGCUUGAAUGCACAGGAGAUGCUACUGAGAUUAAGGAGUGCAACCUUCAGCCAUGCCCUGUUGACUGUUUAGUAAGUAACUGGUCUGACUGGAGUGAAUGCAGUGUCUCUUGUGGAGGAGGUGUGUCAGUGCAAGAAAGAAGAAUUAUUAUCGCACCACAAAAUGGAGGGGAAGAGUGCCCCUCUGUGCUGCUUCUACACAGACCUUGCAAUGCUCAGAAUUGUACACCAGAGUGCCCUGGGACACAGAUAUUUAGUUCCUGUGCAAAUAGCUGCCCUCAGACAUGUUCUGAUCUCCAUUCUGGAACAGAAUGCCUUCAAGAGGAAUGCAAGCCAGGAUGUACAUGCCCACUGGGACAGGUACUGUAUAAAGACAGAUGCAUCUUUCUAGAGGAUUGCCCUUGCUCACUGGCUAAGCAUUCCAUUCCUUGGCUGCAGAAUGUUACCAUAGAGGAGAGAGAAAAGGAAUAUGUACCAGGGGAGGUCAUUCUCUAUCAGUGUAACAGCUGCAUUUGUCAGAAUGGGACAUUUAAUUGCUCAGAAAAGAACUGUGAUGUGAACUGUACGUGGUCAGAUUGGUCUAGCUGGUCCCCCUGUUCUGUGACAUGUGGUUCUGGAUUACAGACAUCUAGACGCUUCCACGUUCAGCAACGACUUUAUGCUGGGAAAGACUGUGUUGGACCCUCAUUCCAGGAACGCCCUUGCAUUCUACCUGACUGCGAGUGUCCAGUGGGAGAGAGGUGGAAGAGAGUCUCUGAGGCUGCUGUCUGUGAGCGUACAUGUCAAGAAGUUUAUGUGGAUUUGCCAAAAAACUGCAGUUCAUUGCAUCCAGAGGGCUGCAUCUGUGAAGCUGGAAAGUACAGGAACAGCAGUGGGCACUGUGUAACAGCUGCGCAUUGUGAGUGCAUCGUUGGAGACAAAGUGUAUCCACCUGGUGCAGACUGGCAAGAGGAGUGUGAAACCUGUCACUGUCUUAAUGGUAUGAAGAUUUGUGAAGCAGGAUGUCCAGAUCUUUACUGUGUUGAGGGAGAAGUACUGGUAGAAGAACCAGGCAACUGCUGUCCAGUUUGCAGGAAAGAAGUACCUGGUGGUACUUCUGCUGUGUGUCGGUUAUACACUGAAAUCAGAAAUAUUACAAAAGGUAAUUGCAGAAUGGACAAUGUGCAAGUGAGCUACUGUAGUGGGAGAUGUCUGUCUAGAACCAAUGUGAUUCCAGAGGAGCCAUACCUUCAGAUUCUCUGUGACUGCUGUAGUUAUCGUCUGAAUCCCGAAAGUCCUGUCCAGUUCCUGACACUGCAGUGUGACAAUGGAGAAGUGGAGCCUGUUGUUCUUCCAGUUAUACACAGCUGUGAAUGUAGCAGUUGUCAGGGAGGAGAUUUUACCAAGCGUUGAUUCUCAACAUUCUACUCUACAAGCUAGAAGAAGAAAAAGUCCACUUUCUCCUUCAUUUGUAAAGCUAUGUUGAUUUAUAUUGCCAUAUAAUGGUUGUAAAUACUUUCCUAGUAUUUUUAUAUUGCUGAAAUGCACUCUAUUCUUUAUAGCGUCUUUACAAAAUGCUAUGUUUUUCUACACAGCAAAUAUUUAUAUUUUCAAUAAACAUAGCCAAAAGCAACUGC